AUGCAGCCGGCGAACACGCUCGCGCUUGGGGGCAGUUUCGAGGGAGCUACACAGGCCCCCGGAUCGCCCCGCCAGACGCCCACCGCGAGCCCGCGGCCCUACUUGACGGGUCCGCCGAACAGCGGCAGCGGGCUCGAGGCCUCGAAGAAUGCUCGGGGCGGCGCCCGGGCAGCGUCGAAGGUACGCGUCGUGAGCCACACGAAGGUGAAGUACGGCGUCCCGGAGAGCCCGAGGGAGAGCAUCGAUGGCGACGCCACGGCGCCGCCGGAGAAAGACGCGUCCAACCCCGUGCCCGCGACCGCCAAGGUGGCACUGCUGGUAUUGAAGUUCUGCGCCAACAUAACAGCCUCCAUCGCAAAGAAAAAGGGCGGAGAGGGACGCUGGGCGUGGCGCCUUCGUAGGAUCAUGAACGCCGGCUUGAUGAGGAGGAUCCUGCGGUGCAUUGCCAUGUGGGAUCAGUUCGCUUCGAAGCACCUGGUGUGGCACGGUCCGCCUUGGCGAGAUGGAAAGACUGUCACAAUCUCUGGCGGCUGCUGGCAGAUAUCCCAGGAGUCCGUUGUGACUGUUUCUGACGUGGUCGACGCGAUGCUCCAGCACAUGCGCUCGGGCGCCGGCGCCGACGACCUGCAGGGCUUCGUCGAGACUUACACGAAGAGCUCUCGGAGGCGCCUCGCCGUCAGGAGCUACGGCGCGCGGGACCGCGAGGCCCGGCGGGAGGCCAGGGCCCACCUGCAGACGGGCUUCCGCAGGGUGCAGUCUUCCACCAAGAAGUUCCGGCAAGAGAUGGGCUUGCUCGCCAGCGAUUUGAACAGAGCCAACUUCAGCAACAAGUCCAUGCAGACGCAGGAGCAGAACAUCCUCUCGAAGGAGAAGGCCACCCAGAUGGCCCUGCGCCAUGGCCAGGUCACGUCGGAUGCCGCCCUGGCCACCCACCGCAUCUUCAUGUUCCAGCAGAUGGCCAGGCUACAACCGUCGAUCAAGAACGUCGGGCGGGACAUUAAGGGCUUGCCGCUGCUGGAGUCCCCGGAGCAGCGGGACUGGCAGGCGGAGGGCACGGACUGGCAGGCGGGCCAGGCCGAAGAUGGAGAGGCCUCACCAUCUGAAGACGAAGAAGAAACGCGUGCCCAGAGAUUGUGGAGAAAGGUGCGGCGCAACUUGCACAUCUUGAUCAAGCAGAAACAGAACGAAGAGCGGAGGAGAAGCAGUGUAGGUCAGUUGGCGGACGUGCCAGUCGAGCUGCGGCAAAGAGUGAAGCAGGUGCUCAGGCUGAACGACGCUGAGGCGCACGCGCAGCGCAUCGUCGACCUGGUCCAGUGGCGCGGCGUGUUGUCCGGCACGGCCGCGGCCAGCACCGGCAAAGUGCGCUUCGCGGCGCUGCUGCAGGUCAUGAACAAGGGAAUCAUUGAGCUCCAAGAGCUCGUUCAAACAGUGACGUUCGAAGAAGAGCAGGUUGUCCAGAUGCAGAGCGAUCUCCAGGGCAUCAUAACCGACCGCAUCGAGCAGGAGGAGGUGAGCCUGUUCACCCAGUUUGCGAGGACGGGAGACAUCGCCGAGGACGUCAUGCAAUUCGUAGAGAAUCUUGCCGGACAAGGCGGUGAGGGAGAACCUCCUCGCGCUGCGGUACAAGCACCAGGCGCUGAAGGCGGAGCUGGACAAGAGGAUGAAAGAGACCGACGAGGAGGAGGAGCUCCUGUUCCAGCUCGAGCAGGUGCCGCUCGAGAGCGCCGAGGGGGCCUUCGCGGAGGCCAUGGAGCAGGUCCGCAGGAUGUCGACGCAGGGCGCCCGCAGGAGCAUCGGCGACAAGGAGAAGGGCAGGCCCGAGACGGAGGAGUACACUAA